AUUAAAACACAUAUAACAUUUCAGUCAGUGUUGUGACUGUUUGGAAAUAUGACUACAUACACGAACAAAGGACCAAAACCAGAGUCGGGGAGGUUUGUUUCCUUCCAUCGUGUCAAGUUCUGGGUAGGAAAUGCAAAACAGGCUGCCUCCUACUAUGUCACUCGUAUGGGGUUUGAGCCCAUGGCUUAUAAAGGCUUGGAGACGGGCAGUCGACAGGUGGCUUCUCACGUCAUCCGCCAGAACAAGAUCCUCUUUGAAUUUGAGAACAUGCUGAAUCCAUACGAACCAAAAGAGAUUGGUGACCACCUCUCGAAGCAUGGUGAUGGUGUGAAGGACGUUGCUUUCCAGGUGGAGGACCUGGAUGCUAUCUACAAGAGAGCACUAGAGCGUGGAGCGACAGUUGUCACAGAGCCAUCAGAGUUGAGUGAUGAUGACGGGACAGUACGCUACUGCGUAAUUCAGACGUAUGGGGACACAACCCACACCCUGUAUGACCUCUCUAACUACAAAGGCUUCUAUCUGCCCGGGUACAGGAAGGUGGACCCUGACACAGACCCACUCACCAAACUCUUACCAAAAGUGGGACUGAACUUUACCGACCACCUAGUUGGUAACCAGCCAGAUGAUGAAAUGACAUCAAUUGCAGAAUGGUACGAGAAGAACUUGAUGUUUCACCGUUUCUGGUCGGUGGACGACCAGCAGGUCCACACUGAAUACUCUGCUUUGCGCUCCAUUGUGGUAACAAACUUCGAGGAAACAAUCAAGAUGCCAAUCAAUGAGCCUGCUGUUGGAAAACGCAAAAGCCAGAUUCAAGAGUAUGUCGACUACUAUGGUGGCGCUGGUGUGCAGCACAUUGCCCUCAAUACAGAUGAUAUCAUUGAUUCAGUGACAAAGUUGCGUGAGCGAGGUCAGCAGUUCUUGUUGAUUCCCAAGACGUACUACACGAACUUGCGAGAGAGGCUCAAGGCAUCCAAGGUCAAGGUCACUGAAGACCUCGACAUAUUGGAGAAACUCCACAUCCUAGUGGACUAUGAUGACAACGGCUACCUGCUGCAGAUCUUCACAAGGACCAUGCAGGAUCGACCCACUCUCUUCCUGGAAGUCAUCCAGCGCAAAAACAACAGUGGUUUUGGUGUUGGUAAUUUCAAGUCACUCUUUGAGGCCAUUGAGGUUGAGCAAGCCGAGCGUGGAAACCUGUGAAAAUGUUCCAUGUGGAUGCUGUACAUUGGGUGCUAUAGAGGGUGGAUGAUGUACCAUAGCCAUUGGGGGCCUUACAUUGAUGCUUAAUGUUGAUGCUGUGAAGACAAAGAAGAUCUUAUAGCUUUACAUUUAUAUGUGCGAAACAUGCAUGUGCCUUCAAAGACUGAAAGAUUGGUUUGUUUCUUGUGUAUUUUUUAUUGAUGUUAUAUAUAUUCUCAGACAGAACAUUUUUAUUCUAUAAUUGAACAAAGUAAAGCACAACUCAACUUGUCCAAACAAAAUGUAGUAUUCUGAAUCUUUGCUCAAAAUGUACAUGUUCAUGUAAAAUAAUAUGAUUUUGUUCAGGCUAAAUGGGAGACAUGACUAUGUUUAAAUGGACUGAGGGCAUUGCUUUUGGCCAUAAACCAUCCUAAUUUGCAGUAGUUUAGUGAACAUCAGGUCACCUUAAACCUUUUUCGAUACAUUUUUUUCAUAUCCUGCCAACAUGCGUUUUGAAAACUGAGAAUAUCCAAUGUUGACAUGCCUUGAUCAAUUAUGUAAUUUUUGACCAUCAUCAUUGAAAUAAAAAGUGAAGUCUGCUAAUGGCUUUGCUAGUUGUAAAGUCAUGUAUUUGUACCACCAUAUUUGAUGGUCUUCAUUCCGGUUAAAUGUAUACUUAUACAACCCUUGUAGUGUAAGAAUCCCUUUAUAGAUCUGAAAACAUUCUGCAGGCUUAUCAUGUAUAUUUUAUUUCCACAAUUAUGUACUAGAAGGCCUGAAAACACAGGUGUAUAUUUGACGGGCUUUGCAUAGUUGUGUAAGGCAAUUUACUAUAAGAAGACAGCAGAUUUUUAUCUUCCAAUAUUUAGUGAAAGAUCUGAUUUUUUUAUAAUAGUUAAGAAAACUUUAAAUAUAACUAGUCAAGAAUUGUAUUAGAUCCUUUUUAUAGCUGAGGCCUUGUUCAAAAUGUCUGUACUCAAUUCAAUUAUAUUGUUGUACAUAUGUGUGCAUGAAUUCAAUAUCUGUUAUGGUAUUAUAUUUACAUUUAACAUUUACCAAACAUGACCUCUACAAUAUUGGUUGAAAUCUAGUCCAUAUUUGUACAUGUGCUAUGCAUUUAUACUGGAGCAAGGUUAUAUCUGGAACCAUUCCAAUUUCAAUCAACCUGCACUAAUUUAAGACUCAUUUGUGAUCUUUCAGAAGUUGCUUAAGACCUUUAUUUAUUUUAAACCAAAAUGUAUAAUCUUUUUAUUAGUACUUGUAAAUAAUGGAUGAUAUUUUUUAUCAUUUUGCAUGAGUAUUCUUUCUAUAUAGGUCUUGAUGCUGUGCUUCAACAAAAUUUGCUUAUUCAGUUACACUACAUUCCAAGCCAUAAUUUACACAUUUUACAGUUUACAAUUUUAUUGUUGUGUACAUAAUCAUAAGCUUACACAAGUUUUUCAAGACAUUUGAUAAUGCCUGUUACUUACAAUAUAGUUUCUUUUUAACAUUUAGAGAUUUCAUAUAUAUUUUUCUAGUUAUCAAAAUCGAUAUGUCAAGGUCAAUGUGUAUCUACGUGAUAAUCAUCUGUUUACUGAAAUAAAACUGUUCCCAAAAAUA